AUUUAAAAAAAUGUUCGCAAGCAAACCAAUAAAAAGCAAUAUUCAACCAAAGCUCAACUUUGUGCGGUAUUUUAGAAUACCUCUUUGGUUUUGAAGGAGCCCCUUCUAAUCUUGAAACCUACCUCACCAAAACCAUACACAUUCAGUAAGCCUAAUCUCAAACCAAAACCAUCAAACAAACAUUAACUCCCUAAAUCGAAACCACAACCCACAGCAUACAUAUUUCCAGAUUCAGACACGCAAGCUACCAUAUCCAUGCCACCAUAAAAAAACAUUAGAACUUCUUCCUUUUCCAUAUCCAAAUUCCAAACACGCAAGCUACCAUAAAACACAACUACUCAUUUCUAGAAUUCAGCCGACCAGCAAAAGCUAACACACAGGUAGGUAUUCAGAGCUAGAGCUACCAACAAUCAAAUUAAAAUAACCCCCAAUGUCCCAAAUCCAAGAACACUAGCACUCACCAUCAUCGUGCAUCAGAUAUUCACAUGGUAAUACUUUUUGUUAUUGUGAACCAUUUAAUCGAAAUCCCAAUCAAUCCAAGUAACUUACAAGUUUCACCUUGAAACGAAAUGAUCAAAAAAUAGGUUUUAUUUUUCUUUAUUAGACCCACCAUUAUAUUUUGAUAGAAACCUAUUUCUAGGGUUCUAUCGAUAGGAUUGGGAAUUUGGGAAUUGAUUGAGAUUUAGGGAUUUAGAAGAGAAUUUGGGGAUUAGGAACAGAAUUGGGGAAGAACAGAAAGAACGGCCGAAGCCUCGAGAUAGAAGGAUAGACGAGAUUUGAGAGAGAAAGAGAUUAGGGUUUUGGGGAAGGAUAGCUUUUCUAUUAAUUUCUGCUUAUUUGAACAAGGAACCCAAAGUAAAUAUUUAUAGCUAAAUUCCGGAAAACCUAAUAGACUAUCCUAAUACGACUCAAUGACUACUAACAAUAUCUAAUAAGGGUUAAUUGCAAGUUUGGUCAUUGAGUUUUCUAAAAACGUUCAUGUUUAGUCACUCAAAAUAUUUAAAUCCAUUAGUGAUCACUCGAAUUAGUAAAACGAUCCACGUUCAGUCACUCUCCGUUAGUCUUCGUUAACACUGUCAGUCAAUUGCUGACGUGGCAAUAGAACUGCUGACUCACCCAAUUUUAACCCGCCACAUCACCAAAUUCGUCCUGCCACGUCACUCAACCCACCACCUCAUUUUCCCCAACCCAACCCAUAAACCAACCCUUUAACAUCGUGACCCAACCCUCCAUCUCCACCCACCGCCGCCAAGCAAUCGCUCAUCGCCUCCAGAAGUCUAUCCUCUCUCGUCCAUUGCCAUUCUUAUCUCCUUGCAGUAGUGAAUCCCCUACCAGUAAUUAAUUCCAAUCCCUUCCCAGCCAAAAUCCAACUCUAUAAAUCCCCCACCCCUUCUGAAAUCCAAGAAAAGGAAACCCCAAAUUGAAAAAUCUCAGCUGUUUGUUUUGUGAAGAUACAUGGUGAAUUAGCUUUCUUGUUCACUCUCUCUCCCUCUCCGGCUGCCGUCCUUCACGACCUCACCUCCCUCUUCUUCUCUUCGCGCUCAACUCAUCAAGCUCUAGCUGCUCUUUGCCGUAGGUGCCACUGACGACGGCGACCGAGGAAGAAUCUGGUGCAAAAUCCCUUGAAAGCCAGAGAGGGAUUUGGACUAUGGCGGUGACAAGGGGUCCUCAACCCGCUCUGUUGUUGCAUGUGCGAGAUCCCCCAGCAUUUCCCCGAACGGAUUCACCCGCCACAACGGCGUGAAAUUUUUUCCAGUGCCACUCAACUGCAGAAUGUUCUUUUCAGAAAAUGCCUUUCCCGACGCCGAUGUGGAUCUUCAAGAAGAUGCCAUUCCGCCCCCUUCUCCCACCAAGCACAUCCAUGUCGUUAUCCGACGGCGGAAGGAGAAGAAGAAAGUAAAGGCGGACAACGACGGAGGGGAAGAUAACUAAAGCGAGGAGGUGGAGCUGGACAAGCGAUUUGGGUUCUCGAAAGAACUUGCGAGCAGAUCCAAGGUUGGGGAAGAAGAGGGAAGGGGGCAAUUUGCGUAUGCUUGUUUCGAUCAGAAAAGGUGAUUGUUUAGGGUUUUAAUAUGAGGGGUCGGUUCAUGAGGUUGGUUAAAAGAGUUGGGUAAACAAGAUGAUGUGGUGGGUUGAGUGAAGGUCGAAUUUUGUGAUGUGGCGGGUUAAAAUUGGGUGAGUCAGCAGUUCUGUUUGCCACGUCAGCAAUUGACUGACGGUGUUAACGGAGACUAACGGAGAGUGACUAAACGUGGACCAUUUUACUUAUUCGAGUGACCACUAAUGGAUUUAAAUAUUUCGAGUGACUAAACAUGAACGUUUUUAGAAAUCUCAGUGACCAAACUUGCAAUUAACCCUAUCUAAUAAUAUCCUAAUUAUAGUAAUAAUAAUAAUUAUGAUAGAACCCAAAAAUUAGGUUUCUAUCAUCCUCUCCUCCUUGAGACCAACCUUGCCCUCAAGGUUGAAAGACUCGACCCACUUUCCCACGUCGUCCGUGCACCUUGCGCCUUGACUCAUCCACAUCUCGCGUUUCCUUUUCUUUCAAUCAUACUCCAACUCGACUUGGGCUUCUUGCAUUAAUUUCUUUUGCCAAUCCAACUCUUCGAAUUUCACUUCUAUGGGCCCACUACUGGCUUCCUUGACAAAUUCAAACCUCAAUAGCUUAUCUCCCAAUGGUAUGACUCGAUCAAGAAUCUUGAACUCCAAGCUAGCGUCCCUUGCCGAUCCAUGCCUGUUAUGAGUUCGGAACUCUGGACCUAAAUUUACCUUCCUUGGAGCUAGCCCAUACUCUUGCCUUGUUGUCUCUUUAAUUGCUUUUGGGCUCUGUUCUUUAAAAAGCCCACAUGCCUAGUCAUUAAACCCACCAUUUUCUUCAUUCAAGUCCAUUUUCUUCAAAGAACAGCCCACCCUGAGCCCAAUUCGUUCCAUAAGACUCAGCCCAUAAAAAUGCUCUUUCUCAACUCGCUUCUCCUCAACUCUCGGCCCAUAAUCAGCCCUUUGCUCCAACCAAUUAAUCUCAAACUGAGGCCCAGUUGGUUAAACCAACCAACCUAACCCGAGCUGAAGCGUGGUCAUCCCACUCGGCUCCUCCCUCGGCCCGCUCCGCUGCUCGGCUAGGGUCCAGGAAGCUAUCCUAGGGUUCGUGCGGAAGGACCCGAUGUCACCGCCCUCCUUCCUCUGCUCGCUCGUCAUUCACCCCUUUCUCGGCGACAAUGGGCUUUUUUGACGGCGGAAAAGCCAGUCCACCUCCGUCUGCGGUCCCGGCGGCGACUCCUUCCUCUCAACUACCGAAUCCGGCGAGACUUCCUUCCUAGGCGAUGGACCCAGGCGAAUCGGCUCCGCCUCUUUCUCCCGAUCCGCCGUCUCCGCUUUCUUUUUCUUCUUCCUCGUAUCCAUCACCGUCGCCCUCCUUAUUUCCCCGCGACGACGAGCUGCUCCUCCGUCGUCCUGUCUCUGGCGGCACGGAGGCCGAAAGCUCUUCCAUCAAUGUACGACUUUCUCGACCUCCUGCGACGAUCGAGUCGGCUAGCAAGGGCGAUGCCCCAUUCGUGUUGUCUUUUGCCUCAUUCUCCGCUGCAUCACCCGCCGCAGCUUCCUCCUCCUCGGUCGUCUUCUCCUGCAGGUCAUCCUCCGGCAACGCAGCCUCACUUGGUCGCUCCACCUCCGCCUCGCCGGGAUCUCGUGUUGUCUCCUCCUGCGGUGGCUCGCUCGCUGCCUUCUCUUCAGCCAACAAAUCUUCUUCCCCCGAUGCGACGGUCAGCGGCAGGAGAAUGGCAGCGGGUUCAACAAGCUACGUGCUUCCCGCUGCUGCUGAUGAAGAUUUUCUCCUAGGAAUUUCAACGGUGAGUCGGCCGUACCUCAACCAAACGUCAAAUUCUUCGGUAUCGAAAUCAGACCUGAUCUUGAUCUUAGUCUCAAAACACAUCCAUCGAUUCUCGCCCUCCAAUGGUCGUCUCCCACAUAUUGUUAUGAUGCCCGAGGAAUACACCACAUGUGCUCUCCUAAACCCAGGCAAGCGGACGAACACUCGAAUGAAUGUUGAGGUUACCAAUUUAGUAACCCUGGGUAUGAAUUCUUCAUAUGCGUCCAUCCCUGAUUGAGAGUUGUGACAAACUCGCUAUCGAAUCGGGCUCUGAUAUCACAUGAUAGAAACCUAUUUCUAGGGUUCUAUCCAUAGGAUUGGGAAUUGAUUGAGAUUUAGGGAUUUAGAAGAGAAUUUGGGGAUUAGGAACAGAAUUGGGGAAGAACAGAAAGAACGGCCGAAGCCUCGAGAUAGAAGGAUAGACGAGAUUUGAGAGAGAAAGAGAUUAGGGUUUUGGGGAAGGAUAACUUUUCUAUUAAUUUCUGCUUAUUUGAACAAGGAACCCAAAGUACAUAUUUAUAGCUAAAUUCCGGAAAACCUAAUAGACUAUCCUAAUACGACUCAAUGACUACUAACCAUAUCUAAUUAUAUCCUAAUUAUAGUAAUAAUAAUUAUUAUUAUGACAGAACCCAAAAAUUAGGUUUCUAUCAUGUUUACAUCCAUUACAGUUUAUCAUGAGUUUCUGUUUAUGUUGUCUAUGCUUGUUUCUCUUUAAUCUGUUUCGUUUAAGUAGUAUAUUACAUGCAUACCUAAUCUAAAGUCGAUGCACUAUGCUACCCCAAAACAUGUAACACCUUAGGCGAAUCCCACAUCGACAAAGCACCGGGGAGGUCCAUGGUUCAUAAGUAAGAAACCGACCUCAACUGACAAGACGCGUUUUGUGGUGUAACGGAGGAGUUCAUGUCAGAACUCCGAAGUUAAAUGUGCUCAGUGUGGAGUACAACAAGGAUGAGUGACCUUAUGGGAAGUCAUCCUGAAUUGCACCCCAAGUUGAAAUCCGUGCGGGUGUAGAGGCCCAAAGCGGACAUUAUCUUGUCGGAAAAAGGUUCGGGAUGUUACAAGUGGUAUCAGAGCCUCUCCGCGUCCCUCUUGAACGAUGGUGGGACAAACCUCAACGACGGCGUUGAGUCCCAAGGGGGGGGGGGGUGUAUGUAACACCUUAGACGAAUCCCACAUCGACAAAGCACGGGAGAGAUCCAUGGUUCAUAAGUAAGAAACCGACCUUAAUUGACAAGACGUGUUUUGGGGUGUAAUGGAGGAGUUCUUGUGAGAACUACGAUGUUAAAUGUGCUCAGUGUGGAGUACAACAAGGUGUAGAGACCCAAAGCGGACAGUAUCUUGUCGGAAAAAGUUUCGGGAUGUUACAAAACAGAUGUGGCCAACAAAAAUAAAGAGCACCAAAGCACACACAUUAUAAUCCAAAACACUCGCCAUGAAUCCCCAAGAAUCCAGAGUUUCAUUGAUAACAAAAUUUAAACAAAAAUCCCCACUCUCCCCACCGGCGCUCGACGGCCUUUCCCUCAGAUAGAACCCCUUAGAAAACACCAAACAUCAAGAACCACGAAGAACAAUUAAAACCCCAGAUUUUGAAUCUUUCACAAAACAGUCAUCCAAGUAUGGGUUAACUACUCUAACAAUUCCCAAAUUAUUAAAUCGAUCAAUUGAAAAACCUAAAUCUAGCUUAAAGGCUUGAAAAGGGAGAAAGGAUAUCGCCAAACCGAUUCUAUUUCUUCAUGUUCAAACCUGCCAAAAUAAGCAAAAGAAGUUACGAAUGGAAAUUUAAAAAUAAAAAAGAGAUAAAACGAGAGAUUUCACAAAAAAACAUCCAAAUCUACUACUCUAAUCUACCUUUGGCCUAAACCACAAAAAUCUUACUAAAAAAGGAUCUAUCUCCCUGUUAUCGUCGUUUUCACUGCCGACAGUAUUCAGGAUCGCAAUGGCGGCUCCCCUUCCUCUCCUCCUCAGCGGCCAUUUCUCCCUUCAUAUGUCUACCUCUCGUCUCCCCUCGAUCAGACCCAAAAAUCAAACAUAGUAAUCAACAUCAAACCCCACAACUCCCCUAAAUCGACAUGCAAACUCCGAAAUCCUACCUCCGACCAUCAUUAUUGGCAUCAAUCGCACUCGAUGUCACUGUCUCGUUCUAUCUCCGACGACAUCUUCUCUCACUUUCUUCUCUUCGUCCAAAACAUCAACCAAAAACCAGAAAUAAAAAUGGAGUCAGAAC